CAACAGUGUAUUGCCUGAGCAGCGCGGGACUUUGUGUGUGUGUCCUUGUGUGGGUCCGUGUGUGUUGUGUUGUUAUUUCACGUUAAACUCCUGGUUUGCAGCUGAAGUCCGAAGACAACAUGCAGCGGAGCAUAGCAUCCUUCUUCCAGCCCAAGGGCAAAGACAAAGAUGUUCAGAAGAAGAAAUCCGCAGAGAAACCGGUGAAGAAGCCGGUGAAGACCCCCCUCAAGGUGCAGAACGGAUCGCCAAAGGACGAUUCACCCGUCAAGAAGGUCACCAAGCGCAGCCGUCGGAUCCUGGACAGUGACGAAGACGAGGCGGCGCCGGUCGUUAAAGAGCAAGUUGCCGACGAAGGACAAGGAGAAAAGGAAACCCCCAAGAAAACAGAAAAGAAGGACGAUGUGUUCAAGGCAGUCCCCACCCCUCUGUCUCCACCUCCGGCCCCCACCCCUCUGUCUCCGCCUCCAGCGCCGACCACCCCGGCCACCCCUGCCCCCCCGGGCACCCCCGCCUCAUCAGCGACCCCGGGGACCCCCCGCACGCCGAACUCCACCUCCCCGUCUGAGAUCGUUAAACGCAAGACAGCGAGAAAGAUGUUCCCCAAGAGGAAGCUGGAUGAGAGCAGGAGCGGCAGCGAGAGCCAGAAAGAGGAGGCGGAGCCAAAGGAGGAGCAGGGUCAGCAGAACAAACGACCUCGCAUGGAGCCCGGCGCCGACGCUGCAGGGGACGCCGAUGACCCCAUGGAGGAGGGCGCAAAGGAAGAGGACGCCGAGAAGCCAGUGACCGCAGCUAACAGCCGGGAUGAAGAGGUGGAGAACAAGAAGAAGAAGAAGAAAGAGGACGGAGAGAAGGCCAAAGAGGAGAGGCGGGCGGACGGGGAGAGCUCGGAUGAGAGAGAAAAGAAAGCUGAGGGGGCGGAAAAGAAAAAUAAAGCAAAGGAGAAGAGCGAUGAUGAGAAAGGUCCUGCCACUGCCAAGAAGAAGGAGGUUGAAAAGGACACGAGAGAGGAAGAAGAGAACCCAACAAGUCCAACAGCGAAAGAGCAGAGAGAUAAGGAGCCGGCCAAGAAACCCCCCAUCAGCAGUUUCUUUGCUCCCAGGAAAGUUGUAGUGAAGACGGAGAAAGUGGAGAAGAGUGACGGGGAGAAAAAGACGAGUGCGGAGAGGAAGAGUUCAGCCGAGGAGAGUAAAGACACAAAGAGCGAGUCGACUUCGGAACAAACAGACUACGAUCCGUCCCGGCCCGGAUAUCAUCCCGUGGACCACGCCUGUUGGAAGCAGGGCCAGAGAGUCCCGUACUUGGCUGUGGCUCGAACCUUUGAGAAGAUUGAAGAGGACUCUGGCAGGCUGAGAAACAUCGAGACUCUGUCCAACCUGCUCCGCUCGGUGCUGCUGCUCUCUCCAGACGACCUGCUGUGCUGUGUGUACCUGUGUUUGAACCAGCUGGGUCCUGCCUACCUGGGAAUGGAGCUUGGCAUCGGGGAGACAAUCCUGAUGAAAGCUGUUGCUCAAGCAACCGGGCGACAAUUGGACAAAAUUAAAGCCGAGGCGCAGGAGAAGGGAGACUUGGGCCUAGUGGCCGAGAGUUCCCGUAGCAACCAGCGCAUGAUGUUCCAACCGGCCAGUCUGACAGCAGGGGGCGUGUUCAGGAAAUUGAAGGAGAUUGCCAGCAUGAGCGGGAACUCGGCCAUGAAUAAGAAAAUCGACAUCAUCAAAGGCCUCUUUGUGGCGUGCCGCUUCGCCGAGGCCCGCUACAUAGUCAGGUCCCUGGGUGGGAAGCUGAGGAUCGGCCUGGCGGAGCAGAGCGUCCUAUCAGCACUCACUCUGGCUGUGUGCUUGACCCCACCUGGACAAGAUUUCCCUCCCGCUGUGAUCGAUGCCGGGAAGGGGAUGAGCGCCGAGAGCAAGAAGGCCUGGAUCGAAGAGAAGAGUCUCAUCCUCAAACAGACUUAUUGCGAGAUGCCCAAUUACGACAUCCUCCUCCCGGUGCUCCUGAAGGAGGGCAUAGACCAGCUGCCCAAUCACUGCAAGCUCACUCCAGGUGUGCCGCUGAGGCCCAUGCUGGCGUGCCCCACAAAGGGCGUUGGCGAGGUGCUGAAGAGGUUUGACGAGGCGGCGUUCACCUGCGAGUACAAGUACGACGGCGAGCGUGCACAGAUUCACAUUCUGGAGAGCGGCGAGGUGCGAGUGUUCAGCCGCAACCAGGAAGACAACACCAGCAAAUACCCUGAUAUCAUCUCUCGCAUUCCCAAGAUGAAGAAGGACUCGGUGGUGUCCUGCGUCCUGGACUCCGAGGCCGUGGCCUGGGACCGGGAGAAGAAGCAGAUCCAGCCCUUCCAGGUCCUCACCACUCGGAAAAGAAAGGACGUGGAUGCCUCUGAGAUCAAUGUGCAGGUGUGCGUGUACGCCUUCGACCUCCUCUAUCUCAACGGCGAGUCCCUGGUGCGACAGCCGUUGUGUCGGCGUCGGGCUCUGCUGAAAGAAAGCUUCUCGGAGGUGGAGGGAGAGUUUGUGUUCGCCCGAUCCAUCGACUCCGACAACACCGACGCCAUCGCAGAGUUCCUGGAGCAGUCUGUUCGAGAUUCCUGUGAGGGCCUCAUGGUGAAGACUCUGGAGAAGGAUGCCACCUAUGAAAUUGCCAAGCGCUCUCAUAACUGGCUCAAGCUGAAGAAGGACUACCUGGAGGGAGUGGGCGACAUGGACCUGUGUGUGAUCGGCGCCUACAUGGGGAAAGGCAAGAGGACGGGCGCCUACGGGGGCUUCCUGCUGGCGUGCUACGACGAGGAGAACGAGGAGUUCCAGUCCGUGUGCAAGAUCGGCACCGGUUUCAAGGAUGAAGAUCUGGAGCAACAUUACAAGUUCUUAAAGGAUCACAUUCUGCCCAAACCUCGUGCCUACUACCGCUUCGACCAAUCAGCGGAGCCGGAGGUGUGGCUGGACGCCGUGCAGGUGUGGGAGGUCAAGUGCGCCGACCUGUCGCUGUCGCCCGUCUACAAGGCCGCCAUGGGACUGGUGGAUCCGGUGAAGGGCAUCUCUCUGCGCUUCCCUCGCUUCCUCCGGAUCAGAGACGACAAGAAACCAGAGGACGCCACGUCUGGAGCUCAGAUCGCUGAUUUGUACAAGAAGCAGCAGCAGAUCCAGAACCAGGGAGACAAGGCCGACCCGGAGGAUUACUACUGAUCAUCUCCAGUCAUCUGCCGGAGAGAAAAAAAAAAUUGAUAAAUAUCGGCAAAUCUCAAUGUAAUUGUAAAUAUCUUCUUUUCUUGUUGUAAUGAAAUGAAAAUAAAGGUUCCUUCCAGUUUUAA